AUGUUGGAAAAGUGUUUCGGCUACGAUUCUCUAAAGAAAACGGUUAUUCACCAGUGGCACGAGCGAUUCAAAAGUGGUCGUGAGUCAAUCGAAGAUGAUGAACGCAGUGGCAGAUCAUCGACCUCGAAAACCGACGAAAACAUUGAUAAACUAAAAGAAAUGUUGGUCAAUAACCACAAAUUAACCAUCAGAGAGAUAGCAGAGAGCUUGAACAUUUCCUAUGGACCCGUCCAAGACAUUUUGGUUAAUGAUUUGGGUCUCCGUCGUGUGGCAGCGAAGUUGGAGCCAAAAGACCUCAAUUUCAUGCAAAAAAGAGACUGUGUUGACGUCGCAAGAGGCAUGAUUCCGGCAUUCCUUGGGAAUAACUGUACUCAGUUGCAUCUGUGUAGGUAA